AUGUCAGCAUUUGCACCUUCUGAAGACCCAGAUAGCCUCGACUAUUCCUAUACCUCUCCAGACCACGCGACCAGAACCCCUCCCAUGCCCCAAGACAUGAGCUCCGAUCACAGCCGCAGUCGCUCUGCCAACCCUCUGCUUGGAAAUGACAAUCCGCAUGUAUCUGAGCUAGAACAGGAGGUUCUCAAUGAAUAUUCUCGUCUCCUACGCAAUGUCAACCAACUCUCUGAGAAGAUCUCCGAUCUUGCUGGAUCCCCUGCCUCAAUGACUCUGGAUGGCCUCCGUCUCCUGGAACGAAAAACUGCAACAGUGUGUACCUUGCUCAAGGCUAGUGUCUACAGUAUUGUCUUGCAGCAACAGAUCUGGAAUGAGAGUGAGGAGCAGCAGCAGCAGCAGCAGCAACAGUCGCAACAUGGAGACGAACAAUUUGGAGAUCGGGAAUACCAUUGUGGGGGAUAUGGUGGAGAAGGAGAUAUGACGUUCCAGUGA